AUGAAGAAAAUAUUUUAGCUUUAUCGAUUUCCUCAAACUAAGUAUUGUUUUGUAGAAAUAAAUAGUUAAUGGAAAAAGUAGAAAUAGUUUCGUAGAUUUAGAAGACUUAUCAAUUGUGUUAUUUUUAUUAUUAGAUAUAGAAUUGUGAAAAGAAUUAAAACUAAAAAGAAAUUCACUAUUAAAAAGGUAUUAACUAAAUAAACUGUCAAUGAACAAUAAUAAAAAACAUCAACUAUUUAAAAUGCAAUAAUGGAACUGAAGCAAAUAAUUAGAGUGGAUUCAACUCAAUAAUCAAAGAGAAUGAAACCUAAAAGCAAAGAUUAAAAGAAUUCAUACACUUCUUUACUGAAAGGAAGAAGGAAUUUAAGAUAAUUAUUUGUUAUUCCUUAAUUUGAGAGUCCAAUAAAAUAAUUUAUAAUAAAAAAUUCGAAACCUCAUACUGUUCAUCACUCUCCGAUGUAAUCAUUAUAUGAUUUCAAAAUAUCCUCCUCUUUUAGAGGUUUAUGA